UGUGUGUGGUCAAGGGGUCAGUUGAUUGUAGAAUAAACACAAUUGAAUCUGGCAGGAACUUUUACUAGGUUAGUAUUAUAGCAAAUCACCAUGUUGACGAAAGGACACCCUGUGAAAAGAGACAACAGAAGUAUCUCUCCUGAAGGGAAUAAGGAUGGAACAACGGGACGUAAGAAAGUUAAUAAGAUUUGAUGACAGGACAGCGUGGCGCACCUGUUCAGAUCAGCCUCACUGUAACUGCAGCUUGCUGAGCGCUGUGAGUACAACACAGAGCUUCUGUUGCUUCACAGACUUUAGCACAUCUUUCUUUUCAACAAUGCGCCUCUACCAGAGCACACAGGUAUCACAAAAAAUGGACCUUCGAAAUAGAAGAGAGAGACAUCACUGUUGGAUGGUCCCGCCUCGCCAGGUGAUUGAGAGUCAACAACAGGAGGGUGGUGACCUCAUCAAGCCCUGGAGGCUGCGAAAUCCUGUCCUGGCUUCUCCCCAACACAAAGCCCUUCACCAAGAGCUGCUCUUCUGCCACAGACGAGGUCUGCUGCCCAGGAAAAGGCCGGAGCUGCAGUGUGUGCUGGAAAACAAACGGAGAGAGCAGCUCAAGCGCAGGGAGCUCGACCUCCUUCCUCCCUCUGACUUGGAAGUGAAGCUACGCAGGAUACAGCACAGAAUACAAGCUUAUGAGCUGGAGGAGAAGAAGAGGAGUGAGAGUCUGCGGAACUUACCAGAGUUUGUCCGUGUGAGAGGAAACCUGAAGCAUAUCCAGACUUGUUUCUUAUGAUCACCAGUUCCUGUUCUUCAUUUUUGAUUGACAACCAAAGCCUUGACAGACACUGAUUACUUUUUACAUACUAAAAAUUGUGAUUUAUAAAAGCUUUAUAUUUCAGAUUGGAAUAUUCAAAAUUCAUGUACCAUGUAAAUUCAGAUGGUGCUUUGGAGUUUUAAAAUCCUCCUGUAACGUU